UCCCCCAACCAAGAGAGAGCAUGGACGACCUUCCUCCACCGUUACUCCUCGAAAUCCUGACUCGACUCACCGACCCGGCCGACCUCGCUCGCUGCAGAAUCGCUUCCAAAACCCUCAACUCCACCUCCAGGGACCUCCAAUCCGUCUGUCUCCUCUGCUCAUUCGACCGCUACGCCAAGUACCGCUCCUCCCUCACUCGCUCCUCCGUCACUCCCUUCAAACAGAUCUUCCGCCGCCUCCUCUCCGAAUUGCGAACCGUCAAGUCCGUAUCGAUCGGCGUCGAGAAGCCGCUCCGUACGGCGUCGUAUGACGAUGUCGAAGACGAGGAGGAUUUGUACUUGACGGACGUGAAUUUUGUGGAGGAUUGGUUGCCUAGGGUGUCUCAGAGCUUGAUAUCCGUUUCGAUUUCGGAUUUUUGGGUUCAGUCAUGUUGGCGGAGAUCCACUGUGCUUGCUGUCAUUUCUUCUCACUGUUAUAAUCUUGUUGAUUUAGAGAUUAAGAAUGCCUGGUUGUCAGUGAAUGGUUUAAAACCAAUGCCUAAGCUCACAAGUUUGACACUUGAGUAUGUUAGAUUGGAUGAUGAAAACCUUGAGAACAUUUCUGGGUGUUUCCCCUGUUUACAAGUUCUUAAUCUGAUAGGGGUUGGGGGGCUUAAAGACCCCAGGGUUCAUCUCUUGGACCUAAGGAGUUGUUAUUGGACGGUGUCUAAUGCUCCAAACUCUGUGGCGGUAGUUGCUCCGAAACUUGUGAAACUCAAACUCACUUGUGUAAGGCCGAAGGUACUUGUCAUUGAUGCCCCCUUGUUGGCUGAAAUGCAUUUCUGUAUUCUGAAGAAAUCUGACUACUUAAAAGUUGAAGAGUUCAUUAAGUUGGAAACCCUUCAUCUUGAAUCCAUGGAACUUGGCGACCUGCUCUGCACAUUUCCGCUUGCAAAGACAAUUAGGAGUUUGACGUUGGACAAGAUAAACUGGGUGGAACCUGUUGGAACAGGUAUUUGUCUUGGGUCGUUGUCCAGAAAUUGCCCAAAUGUUACAACUCUGACUUUGGCCGCUGGAGUUUGGUCCGAAUUGGAGAGGCACCUCUGCCCCGAAUGUUUGGAAGUUAGGACUAAUAUGUGGGGGUUGAAAGACAUCACUGCAUAUCUAGUGCUAAAUAAUAUUGAUAGUACGCUAUCAUUCAUCAAAACAGUCUUGGAGAGUUGCCCUAAUCUGUCGGACAUAGCACUAUUGAUCCACCGUGAUGUUGUCUCCAGCGUCUCCUGUAACCUAAUUUCAAAGUGUGCAGCCUACUGCCCGGGGAUUAGAUGGAGAUGGGGGAUGUGGAAAGAAGGAACAAAAGACGCUUGGAUUUCCCAUAGCCUAUAAUAAGUUAAUCGUCUCUUCAGUCUGCUCAAAAGUAGCUUCUUGGUAGGCAACAGCAACACUGUCAAUUAGUUCUCACCGGCUUUAGCUUUUUUUCGCCCCAUUGGAUGAUCAAUUUCUGCUUUUAGCCAGAACCAUGGCUUUAUAAAUUAUACCAACCAUCUUCGAAUAUGUUGUUAGGCUUUUACAUCGCGGCCUUCUUGAAUCAUGCCUCUUCUCUACAGCGAAGAAGAAGCCAACAAGCCCUCCAGAUUUUAUAGUCAUGUACAUAUUUGUUCAAAAUUCAAAUACAAGUUGUCUCAUAGGAAAAUGUUAUAUCCUCUUGUUAUUUUCCAUUCUCAAAACAUAUGAAGCAAUACCAUAUGUUGUGCUUCAUGUCAUAUUAUGUUUCGAAUGUAUGAAUGUAUUUAUUCCAAUC